CUGGCUUUGGUGGCAUCACUGGGCUGGGCAACCUUGGCAUGGGCUCUGCCAACUUCAUGGAGCUCCAGCAGCAGAUGCAAAGGCAACUGAUGUCCAACCCUGAGAUGCUUUCCCAGAUCAUGGAGAACCCUCUGGUGCAGAACAUGAUGUCUAACCCUGACCUCAUGAGGCAGAUGAUCAUGGCCAAUCCUCAGAUGCAGCAGCUGAUGGAGAGGAAUCCAGAGAUCAGCCACAUGCUGAAUAACCCAGAGCUCAUGAGGCAGACGAUGGAGUUGGCUCGUAACCCUGCCAUGAUGCAGGAGAUGAUGAGGAACCAGGACCGAGCGCUGAGCAACCUCGAGAGCAUUCCAGGCGGAUACAACGCGCUGCGCCGGAUGUACACCGACAUCCAGGAGCCAAUGUUCAGUGCAGCCAGGGAGCAGUUUGGCAACAAUCCCUUCUCUUCCUUGACGGGGAAUUCCGACAGCUCGAGCUCUCAGCCUUUGAGGACGGAGAACAGGGAACCACUUCCCAACCCCUGGAGUCCCACACCUCCUGCUUCCCAGAGCCAGGCACCCAGCAGUGAAGGGAGCACAGGCUCAGCCACCACCCAAAGCACCCCAACUGUGUCCAACCCCUUCGGGCUCAACGCUGCCAGCAUCGGCGCUG